AUGACGACCCUCGAAGAGAAACUCAAGACGCCGAAAUCCUCCCUCCAGCGUGUUCCAUCGCUCAAUACCCUGACAUCGCUAUCCGUACUCAAAUCCAUCUUACCCCACGCGGUUAUUAUUGCGGUUAUCACGGCGAUUAUCAUUCCCAUUUACCGGGCGUUCGCGAAUUCCGAGUCAUUGUCCCUGUCCUGGAGCAAUGCCGGAGGGUCAUUCCAGACGCCUGCUCUCGAAUGGACUGGGAGGAUGUUCUCCAGUAUGAGCGGCUUCGACGCUGCGUUAUGCCGAGCAGAUGCAGUCUAUUGGAAGAACAUUGCUCGCCGGAAGGAGGCCUUGAACGGCGCGCUACAACCCAAGAUAUGGAACCCCGUGCGCAUGAAGGAGCUGGUGCUCAUCCCCACGUACCCGUGCGCUAUCAACGAGCGCAUUGGGAAAUGGGGUGACGGAGGCAAGUGGACGUGCCUUCUGCCCAACGCCAUCCAAAAGACCAACCCCGUUGUGUACAGCAUUGGGAGCUUCGGCAUGUACUCGUUUGAGGAGUCCAUGCACAACAUACUAGGCGUGAAGCCCUACACCUUCGACCCGUUCCUCAAUCCGACCAAUUUGGAAAUUAUGAAAAAUCUCACGUGCCUUCACUUCCACGAAAUCGGCAUGUCUGGGGCAGCAUCUCUCGCCGGCUACAAGAAAAACUCCCCCGACAAAAAGUUUUUGACGCUGCCCGAAAUUAUGAAGCAGAUGGGGCAUACUUAUGUGGAUGUGUUCAAGAUUGACUGUGAGGGGUGCGAGGUGAAUAUGGUGAAGGACUUGGGAGCCGCUUAUUUGAACACGGGGAACAAGCUUGCGCUGCACGGAGGGAAUUUGCCGUUCGGACAGAUCCUCAUCGAGUUGCACAACAUGAACAGUGCUCCUAUUUCCCUCGAGACCUUCUACACUCUUGAGAAGCUGGGCUAUCGCAUGUUUAGCAUCGAGUACAAUCCUGCUGCUUUUUAA